AUGGUCAUGGCGUAUCUCAGGAACAGAGAUGUCAUGCUUCGCCAAACUCGACACCUGCGUCUGGCCGACAUGGUGCAGCUGACGGACUGUCUCAUGGGUUCUCGUAGCAAAGCAAUAAUACAAUCUUUUUUGUGCCUUUGCUUGUUUACAAUUUACGAUCUGGGCAAGGAGAAGAACUACUGCUUCGUAUGGUCUGAAGAAGCCGUAGAUCCAAACAAGAUUCUGCUGUUCCCGAAAGCAUUCCGCGCGAAGUACGCCGACCUAGGGCCUGGCCUGGCUGCGUCAACGCCAGACGAGGAGGUCUGCCGCAUCAUCGUGAAGUCUGCGGGCGGUGAUGAAGGUACCGUGGGCAGCGAGAACGUAUUUGGCGGCAAAAUCCUGGAACAGCUCUUGGAGCAUAAGCUCCAGGAGAAGAUGGCCGGGGCCCAGCAUUUGGAGGGCACCAAGUCGGAGAUGAAACUGUUGAUGGAGGAGAAGCUGAAAGCAGAGACGAUACAGCGAGAGCAGCAGCAGGAGCGCCUCAAGGAGCUGGAGUCAUUACGCGGCCAGCAUGAGGAUCACCAGAACAAGCAGCAGUUGCUGAUGCAGCAGCUCCAGGAACAACAGUUGCAACUGCAACGGCAGCAGCAAGAGCAGAUGGAGGCCCUCCGGAAGCAGCAGGAGAUGGAGUUGGAGCGUCUUCGGAAGCAGCAAGAGGAAGCAUCUGCUGCAGCGGUGGCAGCACUUGAAGCUGCCAAAGAGAAAGAAGCACCACCAGCACCUGUGCACCCGACCGACCCAACUCUUCGCAGGCCGACAGAAGCAGCGGGGGCGCCAUCUUCGCGCCCCAGUCGAAUUCGGCGGCAGACCACAGACCAUUCACUCCAUUCACUCCAUGCGCUCCGGUUUCGAAUUCCUACGGGCAGCCCUGAAGAGGAAGGAAGACCACGUCAAAACCAUCCUGCACUUCAUGCCGCUCUGGCCCAGAUGGCAGCCAUUCUUCGGGUUGCCAAGGAGAGGGAGCAGAAUUUCAAGGCAAGCGAGGAGUUUCAAGAUCAAAUGCUGCGCGAUCUGCAAGCCGAGCGUGAUGGGUGGAAACAGGAGAUCCAGAUGUUGACGGAGCAGGUUGGCGAUCUUCGACAGAGCCUGGAGGACCCCUCCUGGCAGCGCCGGCCUGGUAGCGGCAGCCUUCAUGCCGCACUUUGCCCGCCCGAGGUCAUGGACCAGCCUGGCAGGAGCCCCUAA